UGGGGGAGAGGAGAUUGUUUGCUGGGCUACUUCAACUAUUACGUAGAAAAGAUACUAUUUUUCUGGUAAUCAAGUUACAAAACAAUAAUCCAAGACAAGUUUAGUCUGCUGUUUUGUGAUCUCUUCAAUAUGGCAAUGAAAAUGAAGGGCAUCUACAAAGGCUUCAAAUGUAUCUCUCAAAUGUUUGCCGGGGAGAAAGAGAGUGAUGAAAUAGAAAUUGGGUAUCCAACAAAUGUAAAACAUGUCUCUCAUAUUGGCUGGGAGGGUUCAUCUAGUAGUGGUCCUGGUUGGAUGAGUGAGUUCAAGGUCGGAGCUGAGGUUUUGUCUCCAAGAGCAUCAUCGUUCAGUAAUGCAAGACCUUCUACUUCUUUUUUCACCUCUUCUUCCACUGAUUUUGAUCAAGGAUCGAGUAAACGAACAAUAUCUGAUACACUAAGAGAUGUACCUCCAAUUACUCCAAUAAAUUUACCAAAACAUAGCAACAAGAAAAGUAGUAGAAGAAAGAAGUCAGCUUCAUCAUCAUCAUCUCCAAAAUCUUCAAGAUCAUCUAUUUUUUCUAAAUCUUCGUAUAAAUCAACUGUAUCCCAACUAAUCUAAACAUAU